AUGUUGGUGGUGUUUCUGCUGGGCAUAGUCUUUCUGGUCUGCUCAAGUAAGGGUGAAUUGAAGGAACAUCUGAGAGAGACUACAAAGGCGUGCUAUAAAUGUAACAAAUACCAUCUCGGGUUGUGCUAUGAUGUCAUGAGGACCUGCACCCUAAAGCACCAACAGUCCUGUGCUGUUGAGAACCUGUACUUUCUUACGAGGAAAGGGCGGAGUAUGUAUUACUAUUCCAAACUGUCAUGUAUGACCAAUUGCGAGGACAUCAACUUCUUGAGUUUUGAAAAAAGAACGGAGCUCAUAUGUUGCAAACAUAGUAACUAUUGCAACCUCCCUGAGGGAGUCUAGUUCUGCAUCUUUCUUAUAUUGGCUCAUUCUUCAACUCACCAUCCCCUUUAUCUCUUCCCCCAAACCUGUACUUUGAUCUCUUCUUCCAACCAACGGUAGAGAGUGAGAAAGCCAGCUGGUGAAAGGCACAAGGAGAGAGAGUGGAGGGUAGCUGAGUCUCAUUAAUGGUGGAAGACUAGACAACACAGAAGUUUUGCAAAUCCCUGUUGCUCACACCUGGCAGUUUUGAUUUCCUUAUGAUGGAAAUAGGGUUGCCACAAAUAGGGUUGGGUUUGGAACUGGUUCUUUAUUAUCUCCUAUAUGGUAAUGCAAAGAAUUGGGUCAAAAUAGUCCCAAACUUGCACUGACAACUCUGUGACCAUGCUUUAUGCUCAUCUAUAUCCACUUCUCUGGUUGGAGUUGAGAUUCUCUUUGGAUUAACGCUGACAUCUCCUGGUGCUCUCCUUUUACCCGUGGGUUAUGGAGAUAAAAGAGGAAUAACUCUGGCUUCCCAGUUUGUUGGCAACAUGAGCCAUAUCUUUCUUUGGUAGAACUCUUGGAGGAGGGGAAUCUCAGGCAGAAAGAAAACUGGACAGGCAUAGGAAUGAGGCAUCAAGGAAAAUUGUAGGGAACUUUCAGUCUGUGGAAACUAAGAUUUGAGAGACCAUUUGGUGUGGCUGAAAUUGGCUUGAAUUACCAGGGCCCUGCUGGCCAGCCAGCAGCAGAUUGAACUAGGUGGUUUAAUUGGGAAUGGAAACCUUGUUCAAGGAUGACCAGCACUCCUUAUAAGAAUGAAGGGGGGGGGGAAUGAAGGGGAAAAUGUAAAUAAUAAAGCAGAUGGCAUGGUAGUUGAAGAUAAUAGAAUGAACAGAGAUGCCAUGGGUAGUAUUGUAGUUAGAAAGUGUCCUGUGUAAGAUGAAGUUAUGAGUAAACAGAGGGUGUAAGAGAGCAGAAGUUAGUACUGGUGGGAAGAGAAGCCAGCACACACUGAGUGAAAUAAAUAGGCAGAGAGAAAUGGAGUAGGACUGAUGGUGGAGUGUGGCCAAGGUGGUGAAGCUUCCUUGGGUACAGAAUAACUCUGCCAUUUCUCUCCUUAUGAGGCACACUGAAGUUCUUGGUCCUGGAUUUCCAUGAGCUUUUCCCUCCCUCAUUAGACCACAUAAAAAUUUUAACAAUAAACCAACCACUCCUCUACUUGAUUAGUUUGGUGCUCUCUGUCUGUGUCUGAGAGUCUGAGAAUGUGAUCCUUUCUGAGGAAUUCUCAUUUGGGAUUUUACGGGGCCAGGAUGAAGAAAGACAUGAAGAUAACCUUUUGAAAAUGGACAAGCAGAUUGGAAAAGCCAAUGUAACAUAGAUAUUUUGAGUUACGGAAACAAAAUAUUCCUAGUUGUGUAUGGA